AUGGAGCAAAAGCUUCUUCUAGAUCAUGAAGCCCAAAGAGCAUCGGGGAUGACUUAUUGGAGUGGUCAAACGGUAAGGUAUGUAAAAGCUUAAAUGAAAAUCUUAGCCAGUCUGGGCCGGAAAAAAAAAAAAUCACUUAUGCCCAGACUGCUAAUCUUGUUAGCAGCGAUCGCUAGACUCAGGAUGACGCCAAAUAUGCUUUUAUCCAGACUUCAUAAAAAUAAAAGUUAGAUUUUAUAAUUCUAACUUUUUGUGUGCUAAUCUUUCUCACAUAACUUUGUUUUCAAACACCGGAGCGAUCGGCCGGAGCCAAGAGAUCUGAAAAUCGUCCUAAUCUAAGAAUGUCUCUGCUCAGAACUGGAGAAAAAUUCAUUAAAAGAAAAUGAAUUCAGGUUUUGUAGCAAAAGAAUAUAUUUUUAUUGGCGUGUAAAAACAGGUGAUCUGGAACUAAUGGGAUACUUGAUAACUGUAUCUCCUUGAUACGCCCUAGUUUCUCUAUGGCGGGACAGGUGGUCAGGCCUUACCCGUACACGUAGCCGUUGACGGGUAGAUAGCCUCUUACCCCGGAGAAACGGGUAUAGGUUUUGCUACCGGGUAGAAGAAAAGUUGUUGUCUUGUGUUCCCGUCCUCGACAGAACGUGAAAUUAGGCACUUUCACGUUGUAGUCGUGCAACGAGGUCUAAGAAAUGUCCAAUAAGCGUGAUGAACGUGCAAAGUUGUUGAUUUGCUAAUAGGGACUUUACGAUUAGCCUGUGUACAGACGUCCCCCCUCCCUCAGAAAAUAGAUAAAAUGGAUAAAAUGGAUCGUUAGGGCGUCAGGAUCGAAUCGGGACACCCUGGCACUGAGCCGAAAUCUCAGUUAAUUACUGUGAUGAGCUCAGGUGAAAGACAACGUGGAGCAUCGUGCUUGUCCAAUGAAACUCUUUCGUUGAAGACCGUGUGACUCAGUGAAGAUUAAUAGACCAUCAAAAAUAAGCCACCUAGACUCUUAGUUGAAGUCCUGUUUAAUCUUCGUUGAUUUAAUGGGUGCUAGAUAUAACGCGUGUACCCAUGGUAACCUAUUUACAAAAGCCUCUUCAAAAGUUGACAAAGCAAAUGACAAUGAAAGCGUGCUGAACCUUAAACAAAUCUAUUCAAUUUUUCCCUUUGCGAUCAUCACAAGAAGGGGUAAUCAUUUCUGCUUCAGUAACCUUUUAACGUCAUAAUUUUUCAUCAUUCGACUUCCCCAAAUCCGAGUUUACAUGUAAACCUUCGUACAUUUUGCUUCUUAGACCUCUUAGGAGAGUGCUGCUACAUUACUUUUAGCCGGUGUACGUAGCUACAUCCUCUCGCAGUUUAUUAACAGAAGCUGUCAGAGCAAAAUGCCGAGAAGGAAAGAAUAUGCAUUUGCAUGUCUUUAAGGUAGCUGCUUGGCUGGUAACCUUAGCGUGGACACGGUACUGUGAAGGUAAGUUUACUAAUAGUUGCUUGAACUUUCAUUUCUAUUCUAACAACAUAUGUCAAUAACAGGAUCAAUUCAGAAGUAAACAAACAAUGCUAUAAAUUGUAAGGGUAACAUAUUUGAAAGAAAAACACGAAGACAAAUCACUUGCUUGAUGAUUACGUACGCGAUUUCUUUUCUAUCCGCAAUUGCGUCCUUGCUCACUACACAACUCAUUUGGUAAAGGAACCACGGUGAAUCCCUCGGUAAAAGUGUUUUUCAGUGUAAUUAACGAUUGUUUGAUAUCAGCAACCCAUAAAUUGCGACACAUUGGUAAAGUAUACGUUGUUUGUGUAAUAUACCGGCUUCUAUCUUUCUGCAUGAUUUGAGCCCCUUUGGUCUUUCAAGAUUUACAAGAUGAUUACAUUUCGAUAUAAACACUACCGUAACCGCAAAAUAAUCAGUUUAACACUCGCUUACAGAACUGCCAUUUCUCCUUUUUUGUCUCGGUAAGAUUGGACGUAAAAGUUUAGCGGCAAAUUUCGCGUUCUGUCAUAUCUGUCCAUGGUUAUCGUAAUAGAUUUAAGAAGAUAAAUUGCUUCGGAAGCAUACGAGCUCUUUCUUUUUAGCACAUGGUUUUUUCCUGCUCAUAUACUGGCGAUAGGAUUUAACCUACCAUCGAUUCUAAUUAAAGUAUACACAGGUUACAAAUUGCUUACAAGCGGAUCUGACGUACGACCGUGUAGAAAGUAUCUCGUUGGUUAACUGUUGCGGAAGAAUCUCUGCUUUUAUUAGACUGUGUAUAACAAUCAUGAGGUGCCGUCCUCAUGUAUCCAUAUUUUUGAAAACGCAAAUACAUUUCCCACUUUCAAAGAAACUUGCAUCCAUACGCAUCAUUUUGUUCACUGCAGUCCUGAAAAUAGGCAGUCUACAAUCCUCCCUCUUUUUCUCUGAAAUAAUUGUUAAUCUGGUCAACAGUUACAGUCAAGCCAAGUUGUAAAGUAGUCUCACUGAAGCACUCUAACCUUAUGGUCUAACUCAUCCCUCGGAGGUCUCGCCUGUAGACGGUUCCCCCUAAGUAUUAUUAUGCGGUUUCAAAACCGCAAACCACUGUUCAUGAACUUCCUAUAUAUUUGAAUCUAAUACAUGUACUGCUAAAUGAUAGGCAAAUUAGUCAGUCUACCAAGUCGGUAUCAAGAGUUUCAUGAAAUAAUCAAGUGAUAACCAUAGGGAACUAAAUACUGUCAACUACGUGUGAGGAGUGUUAAGGCAUAAUCCAACUAUUAGGAAUGAUCGAGUGCACAACGUUAAGGACUCAACUGAGAGAGGUCAGAGACUGAAGUGUCCGCCGUGUUGUGGAAUGCCGAGAGAGUCGAUGAAAAUGACUGACUCAGAGAACGGCGGGGACUCUUCUGACUUUACCCCUUUUUGGGAGUUAUCAAUCUUAAAGAAGCAUCUGUUAAACGGAGUCCAUUGUACUUUUACUCGGAACAUUUUAUUUCAAGUCAAUAGAUCAGAGGGUCUCAGUGGGGUUUACCGUCAGCUGUCAAAAGGCCUUAAAAUUAACCGUAAACCGUCAAAAAAGUUAUUUUUUAGCGUCAACCGUCAAAAAUGUAGGGCAAGAUUAACCGUAAAAAAGUUUCAAAGUAUUUGAAAUCUCACCAUUUAUUUCAGCUAAUCUUCACGGAAUUCCGGCUCCUAACGAAUUUCUAAACUGGAAAAACCGCCGGAUUCCCAUGUUCUCAAACAAAAGACUCUUUUUACACACUACAAUACCUUACAACCUCCUUACAUCUGAAAAUAUUUCGAAAUUUUAUAAGCGAAUAGACAGUCAAGACAACCUCCAAAACACAUAACUUGAUAUUUAUUCAUACAGAGGUUAAUUUUACGUCAACUUUUGUACUAAAUUUCCACUUAAUAACCGUCAACCGUCAAACGAUUUAAAAAGAUUUAAUCUUCAUUUGACAAAUUGGAAAAAUUUAACCGUCAACUGUCAAAGACACCCUCUUCCUAUACCUACUAAGUCAGGUCAAGUUUAUCUUUUCAAUUUGUUUCUCUUGCCUAGCUUCCGCGCCUGUGUUUAGCUCCAGCUCUUACAGCAGCACUGUCAACGAAAACGUACCCACAGGCACCACAGUCAGCGGCAUUACUCUUUCGGCAACUGACAGCGAUGGAGAUAGCAUCACCUACUCUAUAAUCAGUUCAGCAGGGCCGUUUAAACUGAGUGGGGCUGGGGCAUCUGUGCUAACUAAUGGACUGGCAAUUGACUUUGAGACACAGGACUCCUAUUCGUUGACGGUUCAAGCUCAGGCUGCAGGUGAUUAUGGAAUAAAUAACGUCAUUUUGAAAUGAUUCAGUUUGAUUUGCUGGCGUAUUUUACUCCAGCCCUUCAUCCCCGAAGUUGCGUACAAGACAAGUCGUUCAUUUAUGAAGAAUUGAGAAUACAGUUGUUUUGAUUUCGCAUAUAGCUUACUGAGCUUUAUGGAACAAAAAGCUUGCAUUAUUCCUAAAGCGCACAAAAUGUCUUUUUAUUUGGUUUUUCUCUUUCUGUGUAAAUUAUUUUUUUUGUACGUCUUAUUUUUCUCUCCUAAUUCGUAAUUUGAAGAGGCUGCCGUUAAUUUAACUCACUACUGCGCAGUCGCCGAAAUUCAAAAUCUCCUUCUAUAGACGUGCUUUAUAGAAAAGUUAUAAAAUCAAAAAUAUGUUUUACGUGGUAAAAUGGUUUUUUCCUUGUUUCUUCAGUAAUUAAAAAACAUCUGUAUUGCAGUAUAGUCCGCCUGGAUCUGCUACUAAUCGUUUAAACAAGGCCUUUGUUUUUUUUUUUUAAGGUGAAACAGCAAAUGCGAGCGUAACUAUCACGGUUGUCAAUGUGAAUGAAGCUCCAAGCUUCACGCUAUCCUCAUACAGCGGUGUCAUUGCUGAGAAUAGUGUCAAUGGAGUUGACAUCAUUACCAUACCUGCUACAGACCCUGAUAGCGGUGACACGCUGAACUAUAGUCUGUCCGGCUCAGGUACGUUCAGGUUGAUUGAGGCCCGAGAAAUCUUCGUCGAUAAAAGAAAAAAAUCGUCAACUUUCCACCAGUUGAUUUAUUUUCUAGCGUUCCACAGUUAGGAUCUAUUAUAAGAAGGGAUUUAGAAAUGUCACCUUCACGACCAUAGUUUCUUUCCUUGAGAAAUGUUGUUAAAACAAACAAACAAACUAGCCAAAAAUAAACAAAUGCAUAAAAGGGCUUCAUUUCCUCACUGGACUCAGAAGUCUGCUUAAAUUAGCAAAAGCUAGGCAACCCCUCGGUUUUGCAACCUGUUCUUUGUUUUUUGGAUAUCAGAUGAAACACUCCUUCUCGUGUUUGAUACAUCACAUCUUUGUGUUUGGAUAUGAUCAGAUGAAACUUCUCGUGUUUGAUGCACUACCUCGCAGUGUUUGGAUAUCAGAUGAAACACUCCUUCUCCUGUUUGACACAUAACCGCGCAAUAUUUAGCCCACGAACACAGACGUAUUUCCGGACGUCCCUUCUCUCCACCCGAAAAUACGUCUGUGUUUGCAGGCUACGCAGUGUUUGGAUAUCAGAUGAAACACUCAUUCUCGUGUUAUAUUUAUACAUUUUGCUUCUUGGAUAUCAGGUGAAACACCUUUUCUAGUGUUUGAUCUUUUUCGUCCAGACUUUUAAAAACAAAUCAAAAUCAAAGCUAAAUCAUCUUAGUCUUUUGAGUCUGAUAUAACGUGAAGGAAAUUAUCGAUUCCCUUUUAUUUAGGAUCGUCCUUGUUUGAUGUGCUGAGCAAUGGAGAGAUAGAAGUCGCUGGAAGUCUGAAUUUUGAGAGCACACCCAGCUACUCUUUGACGCUGACCGUAACAGACGCAGGCUCUCUGACCGAUACAGCAGUUGUUGUUAUUUCUGUCAGCGAUGUGAAUGAGGACCCGUCGUUUGUGGGGGCACCAUAUUCUGCCACGGUAGCGGAGAAUGACGCUGCAGCGAGUGUUGUUACUGUUAGUGCUACGGAUCCAGAUUCAGGUAAAGUGUUGAAAUUACUUUUUUCUUUUACACUACUAACACUCUCUAUGGCGGCUAAACGUUGCUUUCUAGAGAAAGCGCAGAUCCAGGGAAAGGUCCCGGGGGGCCCGGGCCCCCACCUUGUUUUUAAACCAUACUGAGGCCCGAAGGGCUGCAAAAAUGUUUUUGGAUACCCCCCCUCCCCCACCCUUAUCUCAGGGUCCCCUCCCUUAUCUGCUUAUCUGAGGGUCUGGGUCCGCCUUUGAAGCAAGAGUUUUAUCUGAUUAAUUCUGGGAAAAAUAUCCCACCGUUUUGCUCACGCGAGUUUCUUAAUACCGUGAUCAAGGGUGGAUUUCCAAUGCGUAAACGCGUAACUUAAUUGAAAUUCGCGAGCGGCAAUGAAAUAGGGACAAUGCAUGGAAGGCCGCGCCUACCAAUGAGCGAGGUUCAACCGUUUUAAAUUUACGCUCGACCUCCAUACAUUGCCUCUAUUUUAUAUACGCACGUAAAACAUGAUUACGCGAUAGUGGAAAUCCACUUUAAGUUCUUUCAAUUGCUUUGUUUGUAUAAUAAUCGGUAUAGACUCUUAACCAAAGCUUUACAUUGGAAAAAUUUAACCGUCAACUGUCAAAGACACCCUCUUCCUAUACCUACUAAGUCAGGUCAAGUUUAUCUUUUCAAUUUGUUUCUCUUGCCUAGCUUCCGCGCCUGUGUUUAGCUCCAGCUCUUACAGCAGCACUGUCAACGAAAACGUACCCACAGACACCACAGUCAGCGGCAUUACUCUUUCGGCAACUGACAGCGAUGGAGAUAGCAUCACCUACUCUAUAAUCAGUUCAGCAGGGCCGUUUAAACUGAGUGGGGCUGGGGCAUCUGUGCUAACUAAUGGACUGGCAAUUGACUUUGAGACACAGGACUCCUAUUCGUUGACGGUUCAAGCUCAGGCUGCAGGUGAUUAUGGAAUAAAUAACGUCAUUUUGAAAUGAUUCAGUUUGAUUUGCUGGCGUAUUUUACUCCAGCCCUUCAUCCCCGAAGUUGCGUACAAGACAAGUCGUUCAUUUAUGAAGAAUUGAGAAUACAGUUGUUUUGAUUUCGCAUAUAGCUUACUGAGCUUUAUGGAACAAAAAGCUUGCAUUAUUCCUAAAGCGCACAAAAUGUCUUUUUAUUUGGUUUUUCUCUUUCUGUGUAAAUUAUUUUUUUUGUACGUCUUAUUUUUCUCUCCUAAUUCGUAAUUUGAAGAGGCUGCCGUUAAUUUAACUCACUACUGCGCAGUCGCCGAAAUUCAAAAUCUCCUUCUAUAGACGUGCUUUAUAGAAAAGUUAUAAAAUCAAAAAUAUGUUUUACGUGGUAAAAUGGUUUUUUCCUUGUUUCUUCAGUAAUUAAAAAACAUCUGUAUUGCAGUAUAGUCCGCCUGGAUCUGCUACUAAUCGUUUAAACAAGGCCUUUGUUUUUUUUUUUUAAGGUGAAACAGCAAAUGCGAGCGUAACUAUCACGGUUGUCAAUGUGAAUGAAGCUCCAAGCUUCACGCUAUCCUCAUACAGCGGUGUCAUUGCUGAGAAUAGUGUCAAUGGAGUUGACAUCAUUACCAUACCUGCUACAGACCCUGAUAGCGGUGACACGCUGAACUAUAGUCUGUCCGGCUCAGGUACGUUCAGGUUGAUUGAGGCCCGAGAAAUCUUCGUCGAUAAAAGAAAAAAAUCGUCAACUUUCCACCAGUUGAUUUAUUUUCUAGCGUUCCACAGUUAGGAUCUAUUAUAAGAAGGGAUUUAGAAAUGUCACCUUCACGACCAUAGUUUCUUUCCUUGAGAAAUGUUGUUAAAACAAACAAACAAACUAGCCAAAAAUAAACAAAUGCAUAAAAGGGCUUCAUUUCCUCACUGGACUCAGAAGUCUGCUUAAAUUAGCAAAAGCUAGGCAACCCCUCGGUUUUGCAACCUGUUCUUUGUUUUUUGGAUAUCAGAUGAAACACUCCUUCUCGUGUUUGAUACAUCACAUCUUUGUGUUUGGAUAUGAUCAGAUGAAACUUCUCGUGUUUGAUGCACUACCUCGCAGUGUUUGGAUAUCAGAUGAAACACUCCUUCUCGUGUUUGAUACAUCACAUCUUUGUGUUUGGAUAUGAUCAGAUGAAACUUCUCGUGUUUGAUGCACUACCUCGCAGUGUUUGGAUAUCAGAUGAAACACUCCUUCUCGUGUUUGAUACAUCACAUCUUUGUGUUUGGAUAUGAUCAGAUGAAACUUCUCGUGUUUGAUGCACUACCUCGCAGUGUUUGGAUAUCAGAUGAAACACUCCUUCUCGUGUUUGAUACAUCACAUCUUUGUGUUUGGAUAUGAUCAGAUGAAACUUCUCGUGUUUGAUGCACUACCUCGCAGUGUUUGGAUAUCAGAUGAAACACUCCUUCUCGUGUUUGAUACAUCACAUCUUUGUGUUUGGAUAUGAUCAGAUGAAACUUCUCGUGUUUGAUGCACUACCUCGCAGUGUUUGGAUAUCAGAUGAAACACUCCUUCUCCUGUUUGACACAUAACCGCGCAAUAUUUAGCCCACGAACACAGACGUAUUUCCGGACGUCCCUUCUCUCCACCCGAAAAUACGUCUGUGUUUGCAGGCUACGCAGUGUUUGGAUAUCAGAUGAAACACUCAUUCUCGUGUUAUAUUUAUACAUUUUGCUUCUUGGAUAUCAGGUGAAACACCUUUUCUAGUGUUUGAUCUUUUUCGUCCAGACUUUUAAAAACAAAUCAAAAUCAAAGCUAAAUCAUCUUAGUCUUUUGAGUCUGAUAUAACGUGAAGGAAAUUAUCGAUUCCCUUUUAUUUAGGAUCGUCCUUGUUUGAUGUGCUGAGCAAUGGAGAGAUAGAAGUCGCUGGAAGUCUGAAUUUUGAGAGCACACCCAGCUACUCUUUGACGCUGACCGUAACAGACGCAGGCUCUCUGACCGAUACAGCAGUUGUUGUUAUUUCUGUCAGCGAUGUGAAUGAGGACCCGUCGUUUGUGGGGGCACCAUAUUCUGCCACGGUAGCGGAGAAUGACGCUGCAGCGAGUGUUGUUACUGUUAGUGCUACGGAUCCAGAUUCAGGUAAAGUGUUGAAAUUACUUUUUUCUUUUACACUACUAACACUCUCUAUGGCGGCUAAACGUUGCUUUCUAGAGAAAGCGCAGAUCCAGGGAAAGGUCCCGGGGGGCCCGGGCCCCCACCUUGUUUUUAAACCAUACUGAGGCCCGAAGGGCUGCAAAAAUGUUUUUGGAUACCCCCCCUCCCCCACCCUUAUCUCAGGGUCCCCUCCCUUAUCUGCUUAUCUGAGGGUCUGGGUCCGCCUUUGAAGCAAGAGUUUUAUCUGAUUAAUUCUGGGAAAAAUAUCCCACCGUUUUGCUCACGCGAGUUUCUUAAUACCGUGAUCAAGGGUGGAUUUCCAAUGCGUAAACGCGUAACUUAAUUGAAAUUCGCGAGCGGCAAUGAAAUAGGGACAAUGCAUGGAAGGCCGCGCCUACCAAUGAGCGAGGUUCAACCGUUUUAAAUUUACGCUCGACCUCCAUACAUUGCCUCUAUUUUAUAUACGCACGUAAAACAUGAUUACGCGAUAGUGGAAAUCCACUUUAAGUUCUUUCAAUUGCUUUGUUUGUAUAAUAAUCGGUAUAGACUCUUAACCAAAGCUUUACAUGCUUUUCUCCUUGUUUCAGGAGACUCUGUCACGUUCAGUCUAUCGGGUUCAAAAAGCUCAGACUUUACUAUACAUGCAUCCAGCGGAGUUGUCACGCUCACUGACGCACUUAACUACGAGGUUACCUCAUCCUACUCACUCACAGUCACAGCGUCUGAUAGCAACGGUGGUGUCACGCAAACUUCACUUACUGUUACGGUAACGAAUGCCAAUGAUGCCCCAGUCUCCCUCGGUAAUCCAUACUCGGCGACCAUCGCGGAAGACGAACCCAGCGGUACAAAUGUUUUAAAGACGGCUGCUUCGGAUGAAGAUGGCCAUGGCAUUUUAUUUAGCUUGUCGGGGAGUUCCGAUUUCGAGAUCCUUAACUCAGGAAUGAUUCGGAUCAAGGCAGGGGUUAGCUUAGAUUACGAAAUUCAAGACAGUUACAACUUAACGGUGACUUUUUCCGACGGUGUAGCAAGUGAUUCCGAGCUAGUUGCGAUAACUGUGACGAACAAAAACGACGCACCUACCUUGCCAAGUUCUCCGUACUCCACGAGCGUUUCCGAAGAUGUGUCCGUGGGAGCGAGUGUUUACGACAUAGAUGCAAGUGACCAGGACGGUGAUUCGUUAACAUAUACGCUGUCGGGAACUGGUGUAACGCACUUUACGAUCGAUUCCAAUACUGGGAUUGUAACAACCACCCAGGCGUUGGAUUACGAAGAUACGACCUCUUAUUUCGUGACCGGUGAGUAAAUAAGUGAUAUAUUUAUAUAUAUAGAGAGUUUACUAGGAAAGUUCAUUAGAGACAAAAUUGUAACUUCAUACCAUAUAUGAAUCUUGUAAGAAAGCUUUAAAUCCAAGUGACGGUUUCUAAUGCCAUACUUAAUUGGAGGACGAGGUCAACAAGAAUUACAGCACAUUUGUAUGAUGAUCAAUUAUGAAGAUUUUCAACUCUGUUUAUCUUACGUCAGAUUUUAACAUAUUAUGACAAACAUUGGCUUGAGUGGUAAGCAUAAAUUUUUUAGGCAACGUUGGGGUUCUAGCUAAAAUCUUUUCCUUACACUGACUUAUACCACAUUAAGUCUCAUUUUUGAUUCCAAUUCUGAAUCCUGAUUUAGUUGCAAACAUCCUUAGUUCAGACCUAAAUCCCAACGUCUGUUGCUAAAGGAAAUGUUUGACUGCAUCGAAAGUUGAGCAGAGCUGCGCGUUUUACAAUGUAAAUCCGCCUUAAGCAUGAGCUACAAAAAUGCCUGGCUAAAGUUUUUUUACUUUUAGACUCCGUUCACAUGGCACCAGACUUAUUUUCGACCGGUUAAAAAUUCGUGCGUUUAGAUGUUCCGUUCACAAAGAACCACUUUAACCUUACAAAAAUUUAGAGGCCUAGCGGUUUAAAGUUCCGUGUACAGAGCUAAAAUCUUAACCGGUCAGGAGCUCAUAACCCACAAAGAAAGCAUCCUUGAAUAUUACUGUGACUCUGACCAGGAGCUCAUAACCCAGAGAAAGCAACCCCCAUAUUAGGCAGAUGUCACGGCGUUUUCACGGACGGGUUUGUUUUUACACAGGGGGCCCACACAAUCUGUUUAAAAUUUGUGUAGCCGAUUGUUAUUUUAUAGUAAAUGUACUGGAUUUACCGUUUGCUUCACCUAUAGCGAUAUAUCGCUAACUAUGUAUAUAAAUCAAUGAUAAAUAAACGUUGAAUUACCUUGCCUUGCGAUUGUUGUUUAACGAAAUCCAAUAAAAAAAAAAGGCAAUCAGCGGGACGGUUUGCGGCUGGCACGUAUGAAUCUUGCUACGCAUUCCAGUCGCUCGAAUACUGUGGGAUUUUGAUUUUCUUCGAGGGCUAGCUACGGGCCGUUUGGAUGGAUUUUCGAUUGGAAGGUACGAGAAGAAUCGUGAAUCUUUUGACCUUUAUGCUGCGAAGUUUGAAAGCGGAGCGUGCGAUUUUGGGGGGGGAAAAUCGCUCCGGCGCUGGAACCCUUUCAAAACAAGGAUACCUCCCUUGUCCUUCUAUUAUAUGGAACAGUCAACGGCGAACUCAAAUUCAUUCAAAAUCGCUCAAAAAACCGCUUUUGAGGCAAAAGGACGACUUUGCGUUAUUUUCCUCACUUAUACAUUGUCCGUGACUGUGCUCACAUGGUGGGUGGCUCCUCCUAAAAUGUUCUGCAAUUGGUAUAGGAUUUAAUGGAGCCGAAACCAAUUGUGGAAUUGCACGCAUUUUAGGUAUCCUACUGAUGAACAGUUGCGACACGUAGAUAUAUAUGUUUUAGCAACUGAGAUAAUUUGCAGUCUGUCUACUUUGAAUACACCACAGGUAAGGUAAUUCAACGUUUAUUUAUCAUUGAUUUAUAUACAUAGUUAGCGAUAUAUCGCCAUAGGUGAAGCAAACGGUAAAUCCAGUACAUUUACUAUAAAAUAACAAUCGGCUACACAAACAGAUUGUGUGGGCCCCCUGUGAUUUUUAGAUACGCUUAAAAGCAUUUUUUCUCGCGAAAAUGGAACCUCUAGCCUGCUCCUUCCACGAGUGCUUCCGAGGAAUAAGAUAUUAAAAUUGGAAACUAAACGUCAUUAAGGUCAGUAAUAAACUCGUGAAAUGAGUACAUGGAAGUUGCCGGCUCUUGGUUCAAGUUAGCGAGCUUACGCAACAGAACGGGAGAGGAAAGAAGACGGCAAACCCUGUGUAACAAGCGUGACAACAAUUUUGUUGGAAAAAUCUUUUCUCCAAACUUCACUCUCCUUUAAACAGAUCUUUUUUUAAAAGACCAGAAAACAUUAAAAUAAGUGAAGAUCGAUCACGACAAAACACGCAAGUAAUAGCUCUAUCACGUUUCACACACAGGCGUUUUUCCGUCCUCUUCUUUCUGCCGUCCUGUUCCGUAAACUCACUACUGACCCCCUGGAACGGUUCCGUGUGAACGAAGUGUGUGGUCAAAUUUUCAGUCGGUCGAAAAUUCGUCCGCUUCGGGCGUGUGAAAUUAGCCUUAACUUGAUCCUUUUUCUCUAGUUCAUGUAUCUGAUGGAAAUGGCGACCUCACCUCCACCAGCCUCACAAUCACAUUACUGACGCAAACGAUAGCCCAGAAUUCCUUGUGGCACCAUAUACUUCGGCCAUUGAUGAAGGUCUGA